AUGGUAGUUGAUUGCCGUCGGUUAAAUAAAAGCACCAUAAAAGACCCUUUUCCAAUGCCCAGAAUAGACGAUUUAUUUGCUAAAAUUGGAGAUUGUACUAUAUUCUCAACAUUAGAUCUACAUUCAGGCUAUCACCAAAUACCUAUGAACCACAAAUCUGAAAAGUUAACUGGUUUUACGACCCCGUUUGGCCACUAUCAUUACAAAGUUAUGCCCUUUGGUCUCUGCAACGCCCCUGCAACGUUUUCACGCUAUAUGCAACAGAGUCUAGGUGAUAUUCCAAAUGUCUAUGUGUAUUUAGAUGAUGUUUUAAUUGCUUCACCAAGUAAGGAACAACAUAUGAAUGACCUACGAAUUGUACUACAGAGAAUAAAGGAUGCCAAACUAGUAUGUAAAAAGAAGAAGUGUCAUUUUCUGCAAGACACCGUUGAGUUCUUAGGCCAUACGAUCAGUGCAAAAGGUAUAUCCAUAAUAGAAGAAAAAACUAAAGCAAUAAAGGAGUAUCCAAUGACAAAUAGCAUUAAGACGGCUCAAAGUUUUUUACGAAUGGUUAAUUACUAUCGAAGUUUUAUCCAGAAUUGUAGUGCAAUUUCAAAACCGAUAAUCCAAUACAUCUCAAAGAAAUGUGAAUGGGGUGAAAAACAGACAAACGCAGUAAAAGAGCUAAAAAAUUUGUUAAGUUCUGCGCCAGUUCUGGUACCAUUCGUUCCAGGUAAUACUUACAGGUUGACAACAGAUGCUAGUAUUGUAUUCAUUGGUGGUGUAUUAGAACGUAUGGUAAAUGAUAAAUUAAAAGGCGUAGUCGGGUAUUAUUCAAAAACUGUCUCCGAUACACAGAGUGGAUAUGCGGCAGGUGAAUUGGAAUUACUGGCUAUUAUUUCAAAUUUGAAUCAUUUUAGAUAUUAUCUGCACGGGCACAAAUUUAUACUCCGUACAGAUCACAUUUCCCUGCUUUCGUAUCAUAGUUUAAAGGAACCAUCCAAACGUGAUGCUCGUUGGUUGGAUUUCUUAGGAGAAUUUGACUUUAAACUAGAGUACAUAAAAGGUGGUAAUAAUGUCGUGGCAGACGCAUUAAGUCGCCCAGCUGAGAUCAAUGUUAUUAACCAGCAAGAUGUGUGUCCAAUUUCACAACUAGAAAGUAUAACACCCACGGAAUGGUUACCGGAAUUAUCUAAAGAUCCCUGGUCUGCUGCUGUUUUGGUUCGGUUAGGUAUUAUUGUUGAUCCAGACAUAAGUGAUGAAAAUAGAACUUUAUUCCAGAAAUAUUUGAAGAAAUUUAAGUUUGCAAAGUAA